AUGGAUGAUAUUGAGAAACGAUCCAUAUCUUCACCAUCUUUGACAUUAGAACAAAUGUUGAUAAAAAUUGGCCGAUUGGAUUCCAUGAAAUCAACGCCAGCCAUUCAUCAUCAUCCACAAACGGCCAAAAAUUUUCUUGGUGAAUUUGCUCGAUUCUAUAAUGUUGGUGUUGUUUUCGACGAAACACCGGUUAAAUCUAACCAUGAAUACCAAAAUCCAAUUAUUUCAAUUGAAUCGACAAAAUCAAAGUUUCAGAAACCCAAACGUAGAGAAAUUUUUUCGAUAGCCGAUAUACAACCACAAGCUGAAUGUGUACCUGAAUUAAAAACAAUACAAUUGAAUACAGCAUCUGCAACUGCAGGUGAUGUUGGUCAACAACAACAACAACAGCAUCAUUGGCAUCGAUCAAAUAACCAGGAUCUUUACUAUCCACAUUGUAUACGGUUACCUCGUUGUGGUGGCUGUUGUCCAUCACAGCGGUUACUCUGUCGACCUAAAUCAAUUACAUGGCAUAAUGUUUCCGUUAUGCAUGUACAAUAUUCACCAACACAGCGACGAUUCCGUUUUAGUGGAAUUCAACACAUACGUGUUGAAUAUCAUCAACAAUGUGGCUGUGAAUGUAUUCAACAAUCAAAGGAUUGUAAUCAUGGACAAAUCUAUCGGCCAAAUGAAUGUCGUUGUGUUUGUUCAUUAAAUGAUCGUCUACAAUGUGUACGUCAGAAUAAUUAUCGUAAUCAAUCUAUGCCAACGUUUCGUUUUUGGAAUGAAAUCAACUGUCAAUGUCAAUGUCGAUUACCAACCAGUAUAAAUCAAUCGAAACAAAUAUCAAAAAUAGAAAAUUGUCCAUCAGGUUAUCAUUUUAAUUAUGUGAGCUGCAGAUGUGAACAAAUUGCUAUUAGAAAAUUAAAUAGGACAGAAGAUCCAAUCAAUUCAGCUUCAUUAUCAUCCACUACACGGAUGAAUCGAUCUAUUAUCAAUAAUUAUCAUCAUAGUAAUCAUCGAUCGAAUGUUCAACAAAAACAACAACAACAACAACAUCUGUUUACAUUCAAUCAGAAUAACCGAUUUCAUCGAUUAUUUUUUCGUCAACUAACAUCAUCAACAUCAACAUCAUCAUCAUCGACAUUCGUAUCACUAAAUAAAUUACCAACAAUAGAAAAAAAAGAAACAAGAUGAUUAUAAAGAGGAUAAUAAUAUAUAUAUAUGUCAAUAAAAGAAAAUAAGAUAAACCAGGCCGUUGGUGGCAGCAUCGUCGAUAAUAAUGACAAAUUGAUUUAACCAUUAAAAAAAAAGUUUAUUAUUGAUUAAAAAUAAACAAAAAAAAAAAAAAAAAAAUAGAAUUCCUACUACAAUCUAUGUAUGACUCUUUGUUUUGGAUACAUCA